CUGAGUCAGCCACGCAGCCAACUGUGUAGAGUGGGACGUCUGUGUCUACUUGAAAGCGCCUGUGGUCCUUGCCUGUGUGUGCGCCUCUGUCCCCGCCUCCUGGCCACCCGAGCCCAGGAGCUGAGGAGGGAAGCUGAGCAGGCUGAGGCCCACGCCACCGCCUCUGCUCCGGCCAAGAUGUGGCUCUUCCACACUCUGCUCUGCAUGACCAGCCUGGCUCCCCUGGCCGCCUUCAGCGUGGAUGUGGCCCGGACCUGGGUGACUCCCGAGGGGGCUCCCUACGUGCUCAGCUCCCUUCUACAUCAACACUCUGGCACCAACCAGACCUGGCUCCUGGUCACCAGCCCCAGAACCAGCAGGACAGCAAGCCCCCUGCACCAGUGUUUCCUCCUCUCGGACGAGCUCCAUUGCCAGCCAGUUGAGCACGCCCACAUCCCCAGAGGGAGGUACCGGGGAGUGACGCUUGUCCGGAACCACCACGGUGUUUUGGUCUGCCUUCAAGUGCCCGUGCGGCAGCCCCACAGCCUCAGCUCAGAGCUCACAGGCAACUGCAGCCUGCUGGCCCCCGACCUCCGUCCCAGGGCCCAGGUCUACUUCUCUGACCUUGAAAGUCUCCUGGAGCCCGAUGGCCACGUGGCUGCUGGCGACUGCUCCAGGCACAAAAAGGGCAGCACAGAGAACACAGCCAGGCGGCGCCGGGAUUUGCAGGUGGAGGAGGAGGAGGAGGAGGAGGAGGCGGCAGCAGGCACCGAGAUUGCCAUCAUCCUGGAUGGCUCAGGAAGCAUCGAUCCCCCAGACUUCCAGAGAGCCAAAGAUUUCAUCUCCAACAUGAUGCGGAACAUCUAUGAGAAGUGCUUCGAGUGCAGCUUUGCCCUGGUGCAAUACGGGAGCGUCAUCCAGACGGAGCUUGACCUUCAGGACAGCCAGGACGUGGCGGCGUCCCUCGACAGAGUCCAGAACAUCACUCAAGUGGGGAGUGUCACCAAGACAGCCUCCGCCAUGCAGCACGUGCUAGACAACAUCUUCACGCCAAGCCACGGCUCCAAAGCAAAGGCUUCCAAGGUCAUGGUGGUGCUCACCGAUGGGGACAUCUUUGAGGACCCCCUCAACCUCACGACUGUCAUCAAUUCCCCGAAGAUGCAAGGGGUCGAGCGCUUUGCCAUCGGGGUGGGAGAUGCGUUUGAGAAAAAUAAUACGUACAACGAACUGAAGCUGAUCGCCUCGGACCCUGAUGAGGACCACGCCUUCAAAGUGACCAACUACAUGGCGCUGGACGGGCUGCUGAGCAAACUGCAGCAGAGGAUUAUUCGUGUGGAAGGCAUGGUCGGAGAUGCCCCCCACUACCAGCUGGCACAGGUGGGGUUCAGCGCCCAGAUCCUGGACGAGGGGCAGGUGCUACUCGGCGCCGUCGGGGCCUUUGACUGGUCAGGGGGCGUGCUGCUCUAUGACACACACAGCCGCCGGGGCCGCUUCCUGAACCAGACGGUGGAGGACGCCAGGGGCGCGCAGUACAGCUACCUGGGUUACUCGGUGGCCGUGCUGCACAAGACCUGUGGCCUCUCUUUUGUGGCGGGGGCUCCGCGGCACAAGCAGCGGGGGGCUGUGUUUGAGCUCCAGAAGGAGGGCAGAGAGACGGACUUCGCUCUGGUGCUGGAGGGCGAGCAGAUGGGGUCCUAUUUCGGCUCCGAGCUGUGCCCUGUGGACGUGGACAUGGAUGGGAUCACGGACCUCUUGCUGGUGGCAGCUCCGUUUCACCACAUUCAAGGAGAGGAGGGCAGAGUCUCUGUGUACCGUGUGAACCACCAGGAUGGUUCCUUCACCUUGGCACGCACGCUCAGUGGGCACUCCAGGUUACCUUAUGCCCGAUUUGGCUUUGCCAUGGCAACGGUGGGGGAUAUCAGUCAGGAUAAGCUCACAGAUGUGGCCAUCGGGGCCCCCCUGGAGGACUUUGGGGCCGACGAUGGCGCAGGCUUUGGCAGCGUGUACAUCUACAAUGGACACUCCACCAACCAGCUGGUUGACCUCUCUACUCACCAGCCACAGAGGAUCAGAGCCUCGGCGGUGGCCCCAGGACUCCACUACUUCGGCAUGUCCGUGGACGGUGGCUUAGAUUUCAGUGGGGACGGCCUUGCUGACAUCACCGUGGGUGCUCUGGGCCGGGCGGCUGUGCUCCGUGCAAGACCUGUGGUUCGUCUGAAGGUGUCCAUGACCUUCAUCCCUGAGGCACUGCCCAUUGGCUUCCAUGGCGGCGUGAAAGUGCAUUUGUGUUUUGAACGCAGGUCUGGGACCACAGUUGCUGAGUCAGGCCUCAGAGAGACCUCUCUGAACUUCACGUUGGACGUGGAUGCGAUGAAGCAGAGGAAAAGGAUGCAGUGUUCAGACGAGAGGCAGUGUCAGAGCUCCCUGAGGAAGUGGGGUGCUGGGCCCCAACUCUGCGAGCCCUUCCUGCUCCUUCCCACAGAGAAGCAGCUCUGUCAGGAGGACUGCUUCUCUAGCAUCAUUGUCAAGGUCAGCUACCAACUCCAGACCCCCGAGGGCCGGACGGACCAUCCCCAGCCUGUCCUGGACGUCCACUCUGAGCCCUCCGCCUACUUCCAGCUGCCCUACGAGAAGGCCUGCAAGAAUAAGCUGUUUUGCAUCGCCGAGCUGCAGUUGGACACCACCCUCUCUCAGCGGGUGCUGGUGGUGGGUCUCACGAAGGAGCUGACCAUGAACAUCAGCCUGACUAACUCUGGGGAGGAUUCCUACAUGACAAGCAUGGCUUUGAAUUACCCCAGAAACCUACAGUUUAAGAGGAUACAAAAGCCUCCUUCUCCGAACAUUCAGUGUGAUGACCCUAAGCCAGAGGCUACUGUCCUGGUCAUGAACUGCGCGAUUGGUCACCCCAUACUCAAAAGGUCAUCUGCAAUGUUUUCAUUAGUCUGGCAGCUGGAAGAGAGUGCCUUUCCAAAUAGGACAGCCAAUAUCAGUGUCAGCAUCACCAAUUACAAUGAAAAUCGGUCUUCGGUCAGUAAGACCCACAGCCUUUGGUUCAAGCAUGCCUUCAUUGCGGUUCUUCCCAAACCAUCAGUGAUGUACCUGAACACCAGCCAGGCGCUUUCCUACCACAGAGAGUUCCUCUUCGACAUAUAUGGGGAGAACCCUUUUGGAGCUAAGUUCCAGCUGCAAAUUUGUGUUCCGGUUAAACUGCAAGGUUUCCAGCUCAUAAGAGUGAAGAAUCUGACCAAGACUCAGGCCGACACUGUGUGCACGCAGAAGCAGGAACCCGCUUGUGGCAGCAAUCCGGUUGAGCGUGUGGAAGAAUGGCAUUCGGUGAGCUGUGACAUCACUUCGGAUAAAGAAAAUGUAACCGUGUCCGCAGAGCUCUCCUUAAGUCAAUCAGAGCAGUUUCGAAGAGAUGUGAUUGAGUUGGCGAUCCUUGGAGAAAUAUCUUUCAACAAGUCUCUAUAUGAGGGGCUGAAUGCAGAGAACCACAGAACUAAGAUCACUGUCACCUUCCUGAAAGACGAGGAGGUGUAUUCUUUGUCUCUCAUCAUUCAAAGCAGUGUUGGGGGCCUUCUGGUUUUGAUCGUGGUUAUCGCCAUCCUAGUCAAGUGUGGCUUUUUUAAAAGAAAAUACCAACAGCUGAACUUGGACAGCAUGCGGCAGUCCCAGCUGAAAUCAGACAGUUUGCUGGAAGAAGAAAAUUAGGACCAGCCUUCUCAUUCAUGGAGAGUGUCACCCACAGUCCUGGAGCUUCUAGAGACUUGGUGAUUACUACACAGUUCUUGGAAAAGUACUGACUGCUUUUCCUUUAGGAUGAUGGAGGGCAGGAUCUAACAGAUUGUUAGUGGAAUGUUGUUUUUUAACCAUGCGUUGUCCCCCAAGUGUCUGUGUAUCAGUUCAGAAAAGAAACUUGGAGAGCAUUUGGUAUUAAAUAAAUAAAGUCACAGUGUUUUCUUUA